UCCAUCGCAUCGAGCUCGGCCCCCGACUUAUCCCAAAAGAAAAGAUCGCUGUGAGUCCGUCUUGCACGCCUCUGUCUCGUCUGUGCAGUUUCAGCGAGAAGCCGUCGCAUCUGACGAUGGAUGGCUCGCCUCUGACCUGGAUGUACCGCCGCGACACGCUCCGAGUCUGACGCGUCGCCUCCCCCAGAUGUCUGCCACCAUCGAAGAGGUCUCCUCCGACCACUCGGAGCACGAGCACGAUCACGACCAUGAUCACGACCACGACCACGACGACCCGACCUCGCAGGCUGCCCUCGACAAGAUCCAGUCGCGCUCCGAGCGCAAGGCGCGCAAGGCGCUGCUCGGCUUGGGCCUCAAGAAGGUGGAGGGCAUCACGCGGGUGACGCUCCGGAGGCCAAAAAACGUCCUGUUCGUGAUCGCCACCCCCGACGUGUACAAGUCGCCCAACAGCGACUGCUACAUCGUGUUCGGCGAGGCGAAGAUCGAGGACAUGAACCAGGCUGCCCAGCUCUCCGCCGCGCAGCAGCUCGCGAGCGGCGGCGCGGGCGUGCCCAGCCUCGACGCCUCCGGCGUGACUGGCGGCGACGAUGACGACGACGACGACAUCCCCGAGCUCGAGGAGGUGCAGGAGGAGGGUCCUGUGGACGAGACGGGCGUGGAGCCGAAGGACAUCGAGCUCGUCAUGCAGCAGGUCGGCUGCUCACGCGCGAAGGCCGUACGUGUGCUGAAGGAGAGCGGUGGCGAUCUCAUCAAUGCUAUCAUGGCGGCCAGCGAGUAGGCUCGGAUGCGUAGUUUGCUGUAUACUAUCCCGCAUUUACAUUGCUUUACA